UUCAGUUUCGUUUUUCGUCUUCGUAAACACACAAAAAUGAACGUAAUUCUCGCAGUGAAGCAGUAUGUUAGUAAAAUGAUAGAUGACAGUGGGCCUGGCAUGAAGGUUCUGUUAAUGGAUAAAGACACGACAAGUGUUGUCAGUAUGGUGUAUGCCCAGUCAGAAAUCCUGCAGAAAGAAGUCUAUCUGUUUGAGCGGAUUGACUCAACUGGACGCGAGUCGAUGAAACAUCUCAAGUGUAUCUGCUUUGUCCGACCUACGAAAGAAAAUGUAGAACUUCUACAACAGGAGCUGAGAAUGCCCAAAUAUGGACUGUACUAUGUUUACUUCAGCAAUGUAAUCAGCAAACAAGAUGUAAAAUUGUUAGCAGAGGCUGACGAUCAGGAAGUAGUCAGAGAAGUACAGGAGUUUUUUGGAGACUACAUUGCUGUCAAUCCACACCUGUUUUCUCUGAAUGUCACAGAAGCAUGUCAGAAUUUAAACUGGUCACAACCAAAACUGUUACGCACAGUUCAGGGUCUGAUCUUGUUGCUGUCCCUGAAGAAAUGUCCAAUGAUUCGCUACCAGAAUUCAUCAGACAUGUGCCGAAAACUAGCAGAGAGUGUUAGACAAGUAAUCAACAAAGAGGCUGCGCUGUUUGAGUUUCGUAAGACAGACGUUGCUCCGGUUCUGUUAAUUCUCGACAGGAGAGAUGAUGCUGUGUCUCCAUUACUUAAUCAGUGGACAUACCAGGCCAUGGUACAUGAGCUUCUUGGGAUAACAAACAACCGGAUAAAUCUUGGGAACAUUCCCGGUAUCACCAAAGAGCUGCAAGAAGUCGUUUUAUCAGCAGAGCAUGACGAGUUUUAUGCUAAUAACAUGUAUCAGAACUUUGGUGAGAUUGGCACCAAUAUCAAAGAGUUGAUGGAGGAAUUUCAGAAGAAAUCUAAGAGUCAUGCCAAAGUGGAAUCGAUAACCGACAUGAAGGCAUUUGUUGAAAAUUACCCACAAUUCAAGAAAAUGUCUGGCACCGUAUCUAAGCACGUGACGGUGGUCGGGGAACUCUCGCGACUGGUUGGCUUGCACUGUCUGCUAGAGCUGUCUGAAACCGAACAGGAGAUCGCUUGCCAGGGAGACCACUCCGGCAUACUACAGAAAAUUCGCAGUCUGCUGUCUAAUGACCGAGUGCGUCACCUUGAUAUGGUUCGUAUUGUGAUGCUGUAUGCUCUGCGCUAUGAGAGUCACAGCAACAAUGACCUGGCAGGACUUGUCGACGUGCUCAGAAAGAAAGGGGUCGGAGAGGAAUACAGAUCAAUGGUGCAGGCUGUUCUGGAUUACGGUGGCAAGAAGUCUCGUGGCAGUGAUUUGUUCUUCACUCAGGAUCCCAUUGCAAUAACCAAGAGGCUCUUCAAGGGACUCAAGGGUGUGGAGAACGUUUACACACAACACAAGCCGCUCAUUCACAGCAUCCUUGACCAGCUGAUCAAGGGGAAACUGAAGGAAUCCAGCCAUCCGUAUCUGGGAACUAGUCAACUGCGAGACAGGCCCCAGGAUAUUGUUGUGUUUAUCAUCGGUGGCUGUACGUAUGAAGAGGCGCUAGCUGUUCACACUCUGAACCGCUCAAUGCCUGGUGUGAGAAUAGUCCUCGGUUCAACGUGCAUACUCAACUUCAAAAGUUUCUUGCCUGAGAUUUCCUCAGCAGUUGGUCGAGGGACACCGACAAGAGCUCUAGUGCACAGUUCCCGGCGAUGAGAGUGACCCGCUGAUACAAAUUAAUGUAAUUAACCUCCAUAGGUUAAUUACAUUGUGUAGACUGACAAAAACCUCAAAAACUCUGAUGGCGUAGUCGGCUCACAAAUCACUUUGCUUCUCAUAGUUUUAAUCUACAAGCAGAUGCUAGAGAUUGGAAAGCAGUUCUAGAGUUUAGUCUCAAAGUCAGGCUCCUACACAUGUCAUUAGACUUUUAAUUUUAACGUUUUUAACAGCAACACAACAAACGUCAAUAAGUUUAUGAGUUCAGAGGACAUUUUGUUUUGAAAAUUAGCAACUACUGUUUAAUGUUUUCAAAUUGUGUAGCGAUCUCUGACACUUUCGUAGUGAAUCGCGAUACUGAACAAAAUGUUCCCUGGAGUUACAUGUACAUUAUUGAUUUUGAAAAUGAAGAAUUCUCAAUAUACAGGGAAACCUCUCUAAACUGGACACCCUUGGGACCAAGACAAUUGUCUGCUUUUAAGAGGGAUCCGGUUUAGAGAGAUUACAUUCUGUAGUAGUUUUUAGAAAGGGACUCUGUAAAACGUCUGGUUUUGAGGGAAUUCUGGUUUACAGAGGGUCUGGUUUUGAGGGAAUUCUGGUUUACAGAGGGUCUGGUUUUGAGGGAAUUCUGGUUUACAGAGGGUCUGGUUUUGAGAGGUUUCACUGUAUGUGGAAUAUUGUCAAAAAAAACAAAGUUGUUGUAAAGCAAAAUCUGCAUGUGAAGUUGAUUAUCAAGAAGCACAAUGUGCAUUUUGAAUUCCGUUUGCAUCCUGCUCUCUGUCUAUUGCAAACCUCAUUAGAGUAUUCAGCGGUUAAAGGGACAGUCCUGACUUUACAACCAUUGUAAAAUGUUUCCAACCAAUAGAGCCUUUUCGAUGACGUAACAUACAAAUUAAAUACAUUUUCUUAUUUAAAAUAUCAGUGUCUGUAUUUACAAGGUGUCAGUUGUUAUCCUAAUGCUUGUAGUAGCUCAAACCAGAUUUUACCUCCCAAUAAUUAUUAAUUUCGUACGUAUGAAAAAAUAUAUAUCAUGGAUUAAAGUAAAAAUAGAGUGCUACAAAAAUUAGUACACGACCGCAAACACAUUCGCAUUCGAUAUAUAAUACAGACAUUGGUAUUCUAAACAAGAAAAUUUAUUUAUUAUGAAAUAGUAGUCGCCAACAAGGCUCUGUUAUCACAAACAUCUUACAAUGGCUGCAAACUGAGGAUUGUCCCUUUAAAUGAGAUACUGUGAUUACAUACAUGUAGUUAUCAGCUGAGUGUUCAGCUUGUGCAUUGGAAACAUACUGAUCAUCGGAAAAUGUAUUUCGUAUGAAAGUAUAGAGAUGCAAUGAAGGAUUAAACAUCAUCAGUU